AUGAUGUUUCAGGCAAGCUUGUCAGCAAGAAUUAUGAACAGGAAUGCAACUGCCGCUCAUUUUCGCUUCAAAAGCAUUCUUCUCGCUGGAUUUGGAAUCUUACUUGGAAUAUUAGUGAUUGUUUUUGCCUCUAGCUGGGCUCACAGAAAAUACCUUCAUUAUGCAAAAUUGUACGACCAAUUCCGAGGUGAAGUGACCAAAGCACAAAUGGGCUUUAUUAGCAUCUUCGAAGCUGUUUGA